GAGAGAUUGUCAAAGGUUUAAACUGGAUCUGCUGCAGCCUCAGCAAAAGGUGUCUGGGUUGAACUAUUUCCCUCUCUCUCGAUUCCCGGUUGUUUGAGCAGGUAGCGAGAGAGAGAGAGAGAGAGAGGAGGGAGCAUGUUGUGUUGGGGGGAGUUGGGGUCCGGGAGCGGACUGAAUCCCGACUCACAGUCAGAGGAGAUUCUCAAAGGAGAGAGGGUUCAGCAUGUUUGCAGCCGGGAAGGAGUCACUGUGUUUGUGUUGGAAAAUGGAGAAGUUUACACAAAAGCUCGCGGACUGAAGCAAAAAUCAAAACCAGGCAAAUUUACCUACUUCAAGGAUCAGAAAAUCCACUUUGCCGAUUGCGGAACAUCCCACAUCCUAUUCCUUUCUCACGCGGGAAGUCUUUUUCAGAGUAAGGUUAAGUCAUGGAAAACAGCAGCUGAAACAAAAACAUUCCCGAUUAUGAAACCACAGUUACUUAAGGAUUUGAGUGCCAGAAAAAUAAUUCAAGUGGCCUGUGGAAACAGUCACUCACUGGCAUUGACCAAAGAUGGCCAACUCUUUGCCUGGGGCCAGAACACUUACGGCCAGCUCGGUCUUGGUACAAAAGAUGCUUGCCAACGCAUUCCUGAGUUGAUGGUAUCUCUUCCUGGGAUGCCAGUGGCUCAGAUCGCUGCAGGAGGAGAACACAGCUUUGCCCUGUCUCUCUCUGGGGCGGUGUUUGGAUGGGGAAGAAAUAAUCAUGGACAGCUGGGACUCAAGGACACAGAGGAUAGGUAUGAACCCAAACAUGUGAAGCUAUUGGAGGGUAAGAGGAUCAUCUAUAUCUCUUGUGGAGAAGAGCACACUGCUGUCCUGACAAAGGAUGGACUUGUUUUCACCUUUGGAGCUGGGAGUUAUGGGCAGCUGGGACACAACUUUGUACAGGAUGAGACCAAACCUCAUCUUCUCAGUUACCUGUUUGGAAAGAAAGUUUCUCAAAUAGCAUGUGGAAGUUACCACACACUGGCCUUCGUUCCAUCAUCUGGCAGGAUCUAUUCUUUUGGUCGUGGGGAGAAAGGACAGUUGGGAAAUGGAGAAACCAGAGAUCAGUUACUGCCCCUUCCCGUCAACAUAAUGGGCACAUCUGGCAAACACACAACUGGAAAUAGCCAUACAACCAGGCCAGUUAUCAAAAGAAUUUUUGCAGGUGGAAACCAGAGCUUUGCAGUGUGCAGUCAUGAAGUGGAUUUGUUGUCCAAAAUGGACCACUUUUCACACAUAACUUUGAAGAGAAUCAUCACAGUGGACAAUUUCUUGGAAAAGCAAUUGUGCAAAGAAAGAAGAAAGGCAAUUUCGGAGGCAUUUUCUUCUUCUCAAACCCUAAGUGGAAGUUUCCUGGAAGUCAGGAAGGAUGGUCAUUUCAAAACAAAUGGAGAGAUGUCUGGUCUCAAUCUAUCUGCAGUGUCUCGGGGCAUUGAAUAUUUGGCAAAAAAUUGCUCAUUGUUACAGAAGGUGAAGAAUGCAGUCCAGCAUAACCUGAUCCCAUCGUUAUCUCGAUCUCCGACUUGUGUGGAAACAUUGCGAGUUUACAUUAUAAUACCAGAACUCAUUGCGGUUCUGACAGAGCCAAGGGACUCCGCAUUGCUGCUGCAACAUUUAAACAGAUCCAUUCUCUCACUUGAAGAAGAUUAUUUUAAAAUUCUUGAAUGCUGGUGGCGGACAAUGCCUGACGAUUUCUUCAUGCGCCUUGUGGCAGUUUAUCAAAAAGAAUCCAAUCGAUUUCAUCAACUCGCUCUGGCGAAGGCUUCAAAAGAUGACACCAGACUACAUGAUGCAUUAAAAAUUUUACAAGCACUUUCUAAGGUAAAUUUGAGCAGACAUACAAAGAUCCCAGACAGAAACUUUUGCAUUCCUGUAAUGGAAAAUUUGACAGACUCUGUGAUGGCCUUUUUGGAGAAGUGGUUUCUUGGCGAUUUCCAAGCUAUGACUGUUCAGUUAGUGAGCGGCUAUGCAUUUUCAGAAAUUAAGGUUCAGCAAUUCUUCUCAGCACUGCUCACAAUUGGUGGUCUGGAGAAGUCAAGAGGCCUGCUCUCAAGCCACACUAAGCCUAACCAAGAGAAGAUACAACACCAACUGUUUGCAUAUCCUUGCAUCUUCAAUAUGGAAACAAAGCUUCAAAUAUUGAAAAUGGAAUUCAACCUAUUGGUAAAUCUAAAGGAACCGAUUCAUCUGCAGGUUUCAAGGGAAGUAAUUCUGCAGAAUGCACUGGAAGGCUUAAAAUCAUCCAGAUCGACUCCUUACUGUGCUGUACUUGAGGUCAUGUUUGAAGGUGAAUCGUGUUAUGGCAAAGGAGUAACACAGGAAUUCUUCACCCUCCUUAGUCGGGAGCUGACUGGCAAUGGGCAGAUAUUUCAGCACUCUGAAGAUUCUGGGUUGCUUUGGUUUCCAAAUGAGGAACCUGAAAUGGAUGUUGCAAUUCAUCUGAUGGGAAUUCUCUGCGGACUUGCUGUAUCCAAUUGUUUAAUUUGCAAUUUCAACUUCCCAUUGGCUUUAUACAAAAAGUUGCUCCAUGUGCCACCAACUUUGGAGGAUCUUAAGGAACUCUCACCAACAGAGGGAAAUUCACUCCAAGAGGUCCUUGAUUAUGAGUAUGAUGAUAUUGAAGAAAUGCUGUGUCUGGAUUUUAGUGUAUCUGAGGAAACAGCUGAUGGAAACAGAGUCGUAAAGGAACUCAUUCCUCAUGGCAUCAAUACCCCUGUUCAAAAGCAUAAUCGAAAACAGUAUGUUGAUGCAUAUGUGGAUUAUAAGCUCAACACAUCCGUGAAGAGACAAUUUGAAGCCUUUUCACAAGGUUUCAGGAAGUCGGCACUGCCGGUGGUGGACAUAUUCCUACCUGAAGAACUGAGGAAUGUUAUCCAGGGGCAAAACCAUUUUGAGUGGGUGCUGCUGAAACAGAAUGCAAGAUACAAGGGAUAUUCACAAACUGACAAAGCAGUCAGGAAUUUUUGGGAAGUCUUCGAACAGUUACCAAAAGAGAAGAAAUUAAGAUUUCUUGUCUUUCUGUCAGGAAGUGAAAGAAUCCCAGUGGGCGGGUUUCAGAAUUUUAGCAUCAUGAUUCUGAACACCAAGAAUGAGGAGCCAGAUUCCUCAUACCCUCGCGCAUAUACCUGUGACUUGAUCCUGGACCUUCCCAACUAUAGCUGCAUCGAAAUAUUGGAAGAAAAGUUACUUCAUGCAAUGGAAUCCUGUGAAGAAUUCAGUGCACAAGAACUGUAGCUCGAGACUGUGUUUGUUUAAUCUGAGAAAUGUCAGUGUGAUUGACCAGGAAUACAUGACUGAUUGAUUUAUCUCUAAAAAAUUGCAUUCGAACAUUUGUUUCAUUGCAAAACAUAAAAUACCCAGUGACUGGAUGUGACGUGGCAAUAGCUUAAGCUUCUAUGAUAAAAUGACACUUGUUUUAUUUUUAUUAAUUCGCAGAACAUGACUAGUGGUAUUAAUGUCUGCAUUAAUUUCCUGAAGGAAGGUGAUAGUUAAGAGUCAGUCAUACCACUGUGAGUCCAGGCCUAUAUAUUGGCCCCACCCAGUAAGGACAGGAGCUAUAAAUGAACCUGUUGGGUUUUCAGAAUGACCCUCUAUUUGCACUUUUUCUCCCCCAGAUUUACCUUCUUGAAUUUAAAUUCUGAAGCUGUAAUGGUGGGAUUUUAACUUGCGUUCGUGGAUAUUCAUCCAGUCCUGCUGCAUUACUAGUCCAGUCACAUGAGCAUGAUGUAGCUGUAAUCUCUGUAUGAAAUGUAUUGCACUUCACUGUGGGGAUGUUUUACAAUAAUUAUUCAUUUCUGGCAUGUGGGUGCCACUGUAUUGCCCAUUCCUAAUUGCCAUUGGAAAGCUGGUGAUGAGCUCCUGUCCUUGGGGUUUAGGUACACCCACAGUGCUGUUGUGAAAGGGAGUUCUGGGAUUUUGGCCCAGUGACAGUGAAGAGACUGCAGUAUAGUGUGUGGCUUAGAGGGAAACUUUUUGCCAGUGCUGUUCCCAUGCAUCUGCUUCCUUUUUGGAUGAUAAAGGUUGUGGGUUUGGAAGAUGAUGUUUGAGGAAUCCUGGUGAGUUACUGCAGUAAGUCUUGUAGCAGAUUUGUGCCAAUCAUCUCACUGAUGGUGCCAAACUUCUUGAGCAGUGUUGUACUUGCAUCCAUGCAACCAUGUGGAGAGUAAUCCAACACACUUUCCUGAUUUCUGCCUUGUAGAUGGUGGCCAGGCUUAAGGGAGAUUGGAGGUUAUUUGUGUACCUAAUGGACUUACUCAGUGAAACCCAUACAAAGGUUAGAGGAAAUAUUACACUAAUUCGGGAGGUUAAGAUUGAGAAGAUUUUGUUACAGUUGUUGGUUUGAGCAAGUUUUUAAUCUUGGCUUCAUUUUGGGAAAAAAGACAUUUCAAUGACAUUUAUCUUAAUGACUGGAGCAAAUUUACAAUCUAUUCAUCAAAACUUAAUGACAAGCUUGCAGUUAUUUUGAAGUAUAAGUCAUGCCAUGUUACAUUGAAUGUGUAGCGCAGAAACAAGCCAUUGAGACCAACCAAUCCAUGCCAACAUUUAUGCUCUAUUCAUCUACUCUCAUCCUUCUUCAUCUGUCAGAACCAGCACAAUCUUGGAUACCUGGUGCCCUCAUAUGCUUAUCUUACUCCCACUUAACAUUAGCAUACUAUUUGUUUCGACUACUCAGUGUAGUAGAGUUUCAGAUUCUCACUCCUCUUCCAUUGAAGAAGUUUCUUCUGAAUUCUCUAUUUGAUUUCUCUGUCCUGUACUAAUUUCACCAACUUUUCUCUUUGCGCAUGUGUUCUUUCUGUGCUUAUUCUAUCAAAAUUUCUAUGACCCUACUCAAGAGGACAUUCCUCAGCCUUCUCAUCAUAACAACAAAAAAAAGGCCCGUCAUUCAUUGUUUACUAUUUGGUAUAAGCUCACACUUCUAGAAUGAAGAACUGUUUUGGUGCACUUUGCCUUGCAAU